CAGGGAAAGAGGCGAAGCUAAGGAAGGCAGUAGAUCUCCCACUUCCCCAUGGCAGAUCCUCCAGGCGACCAGCCUCAGAAUGGGGAGAACACCCAGCAGCAGGAGCCCCCCAGGCAGCCUAGCCAGCCAGACGCCAGGGGCCAGCAACCAGAGGCAGCCCCUCCAGUGGUUUUUGAACCUGACGGAGGCCAAGGCCCUGACCAGGACGGCUCCAUUUCUGGUGAAUUCCCGGAUCAGCAACCCCGAAGCACCAUGUAUCAACCCCAGGAGCCAAGGCUGAGCGUCUACGAUCAGCCAGACGGAAGAGGCGGCAUGUACCAACCUCAACAGGCGAGGGGCGCCCUCUUUCAGGCGAGGGGCGCCAUGCCUUUUCAGCAGCAACAGCCGCAGCUGCUGCAACCACCGAGCCUGGCCAGGGGAAGCUUCCCUCAGAUUCAAGACCCAAUGGGAGGCAUGUAUCAGGACCAAAUGCAGCAGCAGCAGCCGGUCACAAGAGGCAGCUUCCACGUGCCGAUGUCAAGAGGCAGCCAAAUCAUGCAGCAGGAGAGCUUAGCUCACGGCCCUUACCAAACUCACGAGCCUGGCAUAGGCCUCUACCAGUUGGGGGCCACCUUGAUGGAAGAUCAGAUCCCAGAUCCAGGACCCAGAGCGUUGGCGAUAAAGAAUGCCAAAGCCUACCUGCUGAAGACGAGCCUCAAAACUGGCGUGAGCUUGUAUGACCAUCUUGCUGACAUGCUGGCCAAGAUUCUGGAUGAGCGGCCUGAAAACCCAGCUGACAUAAUUGAGAACAUCAGUAAGGAAGUGAAGUGUGCUCGGUUCCAGAAGAAAUUGGACACUCUCCGAGAUGAAUAUGAGAAACAUCCAACUUUUGAACUGGCUGAAAUAUAUAAGGCAUUGUUCCAGAAAGCUGGUGGAGAAGGAACAGACCAAGAAAUGGAAGAGGAAAUGCCAGAAACUCCUCUACCCAACGUCAUGGAGACAGCCUUCUAUUUUGAACAGGCUGGAAUUGGCUUGAGCUUAGAAGAAUAUUACCACAUAUUCCUGGCCCUCAAACAGCUGGUCAACACACAUCCAAUCCAGACUUGUCGCUUCUGGGGCAAAAUCCUAGGCAUUGAAGCAAACUAUAUUGUAGCUGAAAUUGAGUUCCGUGAGGGAGAGGAGGAGGAAGAGGCAGAGGAGGAGGAAUUGGGUGAGGAGGGGCAAAAAGAGGGGAGCGAAGGCAGAGAUGAGGAUGAAGAUGAAGAAGAAGAAAAAGAUGAGCCACCAAAGCCAAACUACAAGCCACCACCAGUAAUACCAAAAGAAGAUAAUCGAACCGGGGCCAAUAAAUACACUUAUUUUGUUUGCAAUGAAGCAGGGAAACCCUGGGUGAGAUUACCCCAUGUGACACCUGCGCAGAUAGUGAAUGCCCGGAAGAUCAAGAAAUACUUCACUGGAAGACUAGAUGCUCCCAUUGUGAGUUACCCACCUUUCCCAGGCAAUGAGUCCAAUUACCUGCGAGCCCAGAUUGCCCGCAUUUCAGCAGCGACCCAUAUCAGCCCAUUGGGCUUUUAUCAAUUUGGAGAAGAGGAAGGAGAUGAAGAGGAAGAGGGAGGAGCUGGAAGGGACAGUUAUGAAGAAAAUCCUGACUUUGAACCUAUUUCCGUGCCAGAGUUGAUAGAAUCCCUUGCCAACUGGGUCCACCAUGUACAGAAUAUUCUAAUGCAGGGACGCUGUACUUGGGUUAAUCCCUAUCAAAAAUCAGAGGAAGAAGAAGAGGAGGAUGAGGAAGAGGAGAGACCAGAUGAACAAGAAGAAUCACAAGAAGUAGGACCCCCACUUCUCACACCACUCUCUGAAGAUGCAGACAUUCAGCACAUCCCACCAUGGUCAGCAGAGACAUCAACAAACUUAGUUCCUCAAUAUGCCCUUGCAGUUCUUCAGGCCAAUUUAUGGCCUGGGGCUCAUGCCUUUGCUAUUGGAAGGAAAUUUGAUAACAUCUACAUUGGCUGGGGUCACAAAUACAGUGCAGAAAAUUUCAGCCCUCAGUUGCCACCGCCUGUGCAAACUGAGUACCUUAGCGGGCCAGAAAUUACAGAAACAACAGACCCAACUGUGGAAGAAGAGAUGGCACUCAAGGCUGCACAAGAGGAAGCACUGGCAGCUGAAGAGAUGGAAGAGAUGGAUGAGGAAGAGGAUGAAGAGGAUGAUGAUUAAACUCCAAAGACCAAGAAUUGCUAUAGUAUUUUUUUCCUAAGCAUGUAUAAACUUUUCUACUAAUGUAUUAGAAUAUGCAAAGUAUAAUAUAUAGAAAUAAAUGGAUAGCUGUUGGAUUAAUUUCAAA